CACACUUGUUUGCAGAACAUGGAGGUCUUGAAACUGACAUAACCGUAUCAGAGGAUGAUAGAGUUUGGGUACGUGGCUGGUUUCCACUUUUAUUUUCUCUCUCCUGUGUCGUUAAUCGGUGUAAAUUAGACGUGAGAACCCGAGCCCUCACAGUACUUUUUGAAGUAAUCAAAACGUAUGGAGAUACUUUUAGUCCUCAUUGGUGGAAAGACCUUUUUAAAGUUUUGUUUAGGAUAUUCGAUAACAUGAAACUUCCCGAAAAACAACCCGAAAAAGACGAAUGGAUGACAACGACUUGCAAUCACGCCCUUUAUGCUAUAGUUGACGUUUUCACACAGUAUUACGAUGUACUAGGUCCUCUGCUUCUAGAAGAACUGUACUCACAACUUCAUUGGUGCGUCCAACAAGACAACGAACAGCUCGCUAGGUCCGGAACCAAUUGUUUAGAGAACUUAGUUAAUUCGAACGGUAAUAAAUUUACAGAAGGGACUUGGGAGAAGACGUGUCAGUGUAUGUUAGAUAUAUUUAAUUCGACGGUGCCAUCUGCUCUGCUGACGUGGAAACCAGAAUCUAUGAAGACUACGGCUGUGAUUGAACAAAAUGGCGAUAUUGGACCUAAUAAAGGUAUCUUGAAGAGAUCCAGUUACCAUCAAGACAUCAAUGUUGACAAUACAGAAGUGUUUAAUAGCUUAGCAAUUAAGAGCGCUGUCCAAUUGGAACUGAUCCAAACGAUCGAUAAUAUAAUUUUCUUUCCGGCGACUUCACGGAAGGAAGACGCCGAAACGCUGGCAUUUGCGACUGCAGAUAUGACAGGAGGGGGAUCUUUGACUGAAUGUCAGAGGGACGAGCAAGGAAUGUACAGAUUGCUGAGCAGUCCGCAUUUGUUGCAGUUGACUGAGUGCCUUCUACAGUCUCAUAGGUUUGCCAAAGCAUUUAAUAUCAAUCAUGAUCAAAGAAAUCUCCUGUGGAAAGCUGGAUAUAAAGGUUCUGCGAAACCCAAUCUUCUCAAGCAAGAAACCCAGAGUCUUGCUUGUUUAAUGAGGAUACUUUUCAAGAUGUACUGCGACGAAGAUAGACAGGAACACUGGUCUAUCAUCGAAACGAAACUUAUAACAGUGUGCCAAGAAGCUUUAGAAUACUUUUUGAGGCUGCAGAGUGAAAACCACAGGGAAGCGUGGACUUCUCUUCUAUUGCUAGUCAUGACUAGAUUAUUGAAGAUGCCUGAUAAUAGGUUUGCCGUACACAUUUCAAGGUAUUACCCACUCCUUUGUGAAAUAGUCUGUUUUGACUUAAAAGCCGAACUGAGGUCGAUAUUGAGAAGAGUCUUCCUUAGGAUAGGACCCGUAUUUCACAUAACCACCACAUAGUCGAAGAAGAAAACAUAGCCUUAGUCGUUAUUAAAAUUAUUUAUCGUUUCCAUUACGAAAGUAUCGGUUCACGCAUCUACAACUAAUAAUGUUUUACCUAAGAGUACAAAAGUGAUAUGUUCGUAACUCGAAAUGCGUGGCUCGGUAUUACUUUGGAUUUGAUGAUAAUUCGGUGAAAAAUUGUUUUCCUUGAGGAUCGAAGAAACCAAGAAAAGAACGACCUUUGGGAUAUGCCCACAUGCUUUACAGUUGAGGCUAACAGUAGUGAUACUAUAGUUAAACUAAUUUAGAAAAAUGAGUGUUAUUCUCCGCCUCAUACUUUUUUAUUGGAACAAAACGACUGAGCCAUGCUGAGAGUCCGUCAGCAUAUUUUGUUUUCAAAUAAAGUCAGAAAUAAAAGGAAAAAUUUAUACAACCAAAUUAAGCAACAUGGUAGUUAGUAUAAUUGCUGAUAAACAGGUAGUCCAAAAAUUUUAGUUUAUUCAUCUAAAAACUGAAAUUUCGUUUUUUGUUAAAAUGCAACGUUCAGUAAACGUAAAUAUAUUUUAAUAAUUUUUUUGCUACUAAAUUGGAAACAUAAGUGUAUCAAUCAGAUUAAAGUUUCAUUUAAAUAAUUUACAUGCUUAGAAUUCAGAGCUCCUCUUAACCAUCAAGACCAAUCAAGUUGGUAAAAAAUAAGAUUUGAGAAAAUAAGAUAUUACAAAAAGACUCUCAUGUAGGAAUUCAUCAGUUUUUAAGUGGAAAUAUUUUUAAAUAAACA